AUGCUCGACAUCGUUAUCAGAAUCCUCACGCCCAUCCUGAGUCUAGCUCUCCCGGCUCUCCUCAUAAGUGUCUUGGUCGAUCGUAUUCCUCCGCCGCGAUGGCUGUCCAAAAAAGCCCAGUUGAUCGGGCUGAAGAAUCCAGAGAGCAUCACCUCGCAUGAAUGUCCGUAUGCGUAUCUUCGCCAGAUCUACGGGAAACAUCACUGGGCUCCUUUUGUGCACAAGCUAUCACCCUCGCUGAAGACCAACGACCCGGCUAAGUACACGAUGGUCUUGGAGACCAUGGACGCGAUCCACCUGUGCCUCAUGCUGGUUGAUGAUAUCUCCGACGGCAGCGACCUCCGUAAAGGCCAACCCGCCGCACAUAAGAUCUACGGUCCCUCGGAGACCGCCAACCGCGCCUAUUACCGUGUCACGCAGAUCCUGAACAAAGUGACGCAUGACUUUCCCGGCCUCGCGCCCUGGCUGAUGCAGGAUCUCGAAGGGAUUCUCGAAGGACAGGAUCUGUCGCUGGUAUGGCGGCGCGACGGACUGGCCGGGUUUCCCGUCGAUGCGGUGGAUCGUGUGAAUGCGUAUCGGCACAUGGCGUCGCUGAAAACGGGCUCGUUGUUUCGACUGCUUGGACAUCUGGUGCUGGAGAAUCAGUCGAUGGACGAGACCUUGACCCUGGUUGCAUGGCAUUCCCAACUCCAAAACGACAGCAAGAACCUCUACUCGUCGGAGUACGCCAAACUCAAAGGCUCGCUUGCCGAGGACUUGCGGAACCGUGAACUGACUUACCCCAUCGUGCUGGGCCUUGACGUCCCGGAGGGCCAGUGGGUCGUGAGAGCUCUUGAGUCCGCAUCGGCGCGCAAUAUCCGCAACGCUUUGGGCGUUAUCCGUGGGGACGCGGUUCGGUCGAUGUGCAUGGAGGAGAUGAAGCGGUCGGGCGCGACUAUCACGGACUGGCUGGACUUGUGGGGAAGAAAGGAGAAGUUGGAUUUGAAGGCUUGA